AUGGAAAAUACUUUGAGACAAAUUCACCGAUGUGAUGUUUGUAAAAAGUGUUUCAAAUCGCCAUCACAACUUAAAGUUCACAUGAAAACACAUACUGGAGAAAAACCGUUCAAAUGUGAUGUUUGUAAAAAAUGUUUUGUGGGGGCCUGUAAGCGAGAUAUUCACAUGAGAACUCAUACCGGAGAGAAACCAUUCGAAUGUGAUGUUUGUAAAAAGUGCUUUUCUCAGUCAGGUAAUCUUACUACUCACAUGAAAACACAUACUGGAGAAAAACUUUACCAAUGUGAUUUUUGUAAAAAAUGUUUUGUUCAGGCAAGUAGGCGAGAUAUUCACAUGAGAAUACAUACUGGAGAGAAACCUUAUAAAUGUGAUGUUUGUAAAAAGUUUUUUGCUGUGAAAAGUCAGAGAAAUAUUCACAUGAGAAUACAUACUGGAGAGAAACCUUAUAAAUGUGAUGUUUGUAAAAAGUCUUUUACUCACGCAAGUAGUCUUAAGGAGCACAUGAGAACACAUACUGAAGAGAAACCUUAUAAAUGUGAUGUUUGUAAAAAGUGUUUUACCCACACAGGUAGACUUAAGGAGCACAUGAGAAUACAUACUGGAGAGAAACCCUACCAAUGUGAUGUUUGUAAAAAGUUUUUUGCUGUGAAAAGUCAGAGAAAUAUUCACAUGAGAAUACAUACUGGAGAGAAACCUUAUAAAUGUGAUGUUUGUAGAAUGUGCUUUUCUCACACAGGUAGUCUUAAGGAGCACAUGAGAAUACAUACUGGAGAGAAACCAUUCCAUUGUGAUGUUUGUAAAAUGUGCUUUUCUCAGUCAGGUAAUCUUACCACUCACAUGAAAUCACAUACUGGAGAAAAACCUUUUGAAUGUCAUGUUUGUAAACAAUGUUUUGUCCAAUCAAGUUAUCUGAAGCUUCACUUAAGAAAACAUACUGGAGAGAAUCUAUUCAAAUGUGAUGUUUGUAAAAAGUCUUUUACUCAAGCAGGUACUCUUAAUGUUCACAUGAGAACACAUACUGGAGAGAAACCUUAUAAAUGUGAUGUUUGUAAAAAGCCUUUUACUCAUUCUGCAAGUUUAAGACAUCAUGUACAAAAACAUUUGUAG